UUCACCAUUGUUGAAGAGAAAAGAAAGGGAGAAGAAGAUAGCAGUAGGUUGAAGAACCGGUGCGAGGGAGAAGACGAUAGCAGUAGCUUGAAGAACCAAUUCCCCCAGGAAGUCGUUGCUGCGAUAGAUGGAAAGAGGAAGCCAAAUGUCAAGUGGAAGCUCCAUGACCCAUGGGUCUGUUCGAGGAACGACAAGGGUUUGCGAUUGUGGGGCUGAGUCAAAACUGGUUACAUGUUGGGUGGGUGAAAAUGCUGGCCGGCGAUUCUAUGGAUGUGGAAAAUAUCAUGUUUAUGGGAGGAGGUUGUGCUCAUAUUUUCAUUGGUACGAUGGGGAAGGCAAUGUACGUGAUAGGAAGGUUAUUUCUGGGCUAAUCCGCAAGCUUGAAGUGCAUAAGAAGAAGGAGAUCUAUUUGACUAGGUGUUAUGUCAUUGGGUGGGGGCUUAGUGCAGUUUUUCUGCUUGUGAUUGUAAUGCUGUUGCUGAAAAUUUACCUUAGGAAACAGGGCUCAUUUCAUGUACUGGUUAGGAAUUAA